GAGUCACAUGACACGUGGAGCCAGGAGUCCUACAACAAAUACGGGGCGUGUUUGUCAUUUUUUAUCCCGUGUUACUUUAUGCGAGUUUGCAAAGUCAAGUUUCACAAGUAUAGCAACGUAUUUUGGAAAUGAGUGGUUAGCGUAGAAAAAUGUUGUUGCUAUAUAUAGCAUCGAAAGAAAUAUAGCAAAUAUUGCAACGAAAGAAAGUAGUUAGCCUGGACUAUAAAUUAAUACAUGAUGAAAAUAACGUUGCCUUUCGUGACCAAUCUGAUUUGUGCUUGUUUGGUAAUGUGUGAAAAUGCGGCUUCUGAGUCCGGCACGUUCUCUAUAGACUACAAGAAUGACUGUUUUUUGAAAGACGGGAGGCCCUUCCAGUAUAUCUCUGGCAGCAUCCACUAUUUUCGCAUUCCGCGUUUCUACUGGAAAGACCGGCUGCUGAAGAUGUAUAUGACAGGACUCAAUGCAGUCCAGAUAUAUGUACCCUGGAACUUUCACGAGGCCAUGCCAGGCGUGUACAACUUCUCAGGGGAUCGGGACCUCGAGCACUUCCUGGACUUGGCCAAUCAGACGGGUCUGUAUGUGAUCCUGCGCCCUGGACCCUACAUCUGUGCAGAGUGGGAAAUGGGUGGUUUGCCGGCCUGGCUCCUGCAAAAUCCUGAUAUCAUGCUGCGCUCCACAGACCCAGACUAUUUGCAGGCCGUGGACAGCUGGCUGGCUGUGCUCUUACCCAAGGUGAGGCCGUGGCUGUACAGCGAGGGAGGGAACAUCCUCAGCGUUCAGGUGGAGAAUGAGUACGGCAGUUACUUCACCUGUGACUACAACUACCUACGGCACCUGCACAACCUCUUCCGGGUCUUCCUGGGGGAAGACACGGUCCUGUUCACUACCGAUGGGAACACGGACAAGGAAAUGGCUUGUGGAACGCUGCAGGGUCUGUACGCCACCAUCGACUUCGGAACAGACACCAAUGUCAGUGCCGCCUUUGACCGCCAGCGCAGGUUUGAGCCACGGGGUCCAUUGGUAAACUCUGAGUUCUAUGCCGGCUGGUUAGACCAUUGGGGUGACCAGCAUGCCCAGGUUGACACCAACAAAGUUGCCGGAAUGCUGGAGGAGAUGCUGUCUAUGGGUGCCAACGUCAAUAUGUACAUGUUUGAAGGUGGAACGAACUUUGGCUACUGGAAUGGAGCCGAUCACGAUACGAGAUACCGGCCAGUGGUCACCAGCUACGACUACGACGCUCCUCUCUCAGAGGCAGGGGACCCCACCGACAAGCUACUGGCCAUCAAGGACAUCAUAAAGAGGUUCCGCGCAGUCCCAGAGGGUCCCAUGCCGCCACCCACAGCAAAGUUUGCCUAUGGCUUUGUCACCUUAAAGAAGGUGGGCAGGAUGAGCAGCCUGCUGGACAUCCUCUCACCCCAGGGUCCCAUCCUGUCUCCAAAUCUGAAGACAUUCGAGGAGAUGAAACGGUAUUAUGGCUACAUGCUGUAUCGCACCAAGCUGCCCAAAAUGCUGCAUGAUAAAACCCCCCUCAUCUCCCCCCUGAAUGGCGUCCAUGACCGGGCGUAUGUCUCUGUCAAUGGGGUGUACCAGGGCCUCCUGGAGCGAGAUACUACAUUAGCUGUCAAUGUGACGGGGCAGCAGGGGGACCAGCUGGACAUCGUGGUGGAGAACAUGGGUCGGGUCAACUUUGGCAGCAAGAUCAAUGACUACAAGGGCUUGGUGAGCAGUCUCUUCCUUGGCAGUGAUGUGCUCACUGAUUGGCAGAUAUAUUCUCUGGACAUUGAUGAAGUCAUAGCAAGUGGGUGGCCACAUUCAGGGGGACUGGACCUCAGUCUUGAGCCAGGGAGUGAAGCUUUUGAUGGGCCAGUUUUCUAUAUGGGGACCUUGGAGCCAAUGGGUUUGGCCUGGGAUACGUUUCUUAAGCUCAGAGGAUGGACCAAGGGUCACGUCUGGAUCAAUGGAGUGAAUUUGGGCAGAUACUGGCCUCAGAGAGGCCCACAGCAAACUCUGUUUGUUCCUGGGCCCCUGCUCAGUGGCUCACAACCAAACAACAUCACCGUUUUGGAGCUGGAGCGAGCGUCAGCUGACGCCAGGGUCCUGUUCAUGGAUCGGGCCCAGCUGAACAGUGCCGCAGGGGGAUCAUGAUGCUCGUGCAGUCAUGCCAAGCUUCGCAGAAUGUCUUGCCAUAUCAUUAGAUGUAACCUGAUUACUUGAAUGUUUAACUUUUGCGCUCAGGUCUGUGCCUCAAUGAGCCUUUUAUUACUGAGCAGUUAAACUCUAUUUUCUUGUCUUGUAUACAUAUUCCAGUAUCAUACCUGCAGAAACCUUAUAAAUUGUAGUGAUUACAGUUGCCUCUUGGCUGAAUUGUUGCUCUAAUGCUGAGCGUCAGGGCUACGGUAAUUCUGCUGUAUUUAGUGAUUGAAGAUUAAUACAUAAAUCAUCUUCAUGCUUGGAAAUAAAUUUAUAUUGAACAUUUUAAUGCUCAUUUGGAUUUAUAUAAGCCGGUCCUCUUUUGGCUUAUAUAAAAAAUUAAUUUUGCUUGUAGUGUCUAGAAAAUUAAGUCACCAGGGACUUUGAUUUGGUACUCAGCACAAAUUAGAAUUGCUUUGAAGGAAAAAGAUUUACAGUAGUAUUGUUUUUAUAAUUAUUAAUUGUGCAACAGAGUCAUGUGCUGAGUUGGGAUGACUGACUGUGUUGAGAUCCCUAGCCGUCUGGGGACUGGAAUGUAACUGAUGCUGUGGCCAGAUCACUGGCCGGGAACUGGGAUGUAACUGAUGCUGUGGCCAGAUCACUGGCCGGGAACUGGGAUGUAACUGACGCUGUGGCCAGAUCACCGGGUGACUGGGGACCGGAGUGAACCUGACGCUGUGGCCAGAUCACCGGGUGACUGGGGACCGGAGUGAACCUGAUGCUGUGGCCAGAUCGGCAGCCGGCUGGGGACCUGAAUGUAUCUACUUUCAGGGAAGCAAUGAUGCUCAUUGGCCUGUUUCCCAUACCGCCCCUCCCACGUAACCAUUAACUACAGGAUAUUCUCAUUAGCUGACACCAAUCACUUAUGUACCUGAGAAGGAGGAAGUCUUCCAGAUUUCCCCCAGCGAUCUUGUUGUGUUUGACCUGCAUUACUUACCAGAGCACCCUGUUGCACAUCUGCUGUGUGUCUCACUGUGCUUUAUAACCUCUUGGUUUGUUGUGCAUAGGUGUGCAUUUAUUGAGAUGCACAUCAGGUGCCACAGAAUUUUUCAUACUGUCAUACUAUCUAGACAUGCAGACCAAAGUAUACUGUCGCUUGAUGGUAUUUUCAAACGCAAUGCUAUUUUGGUAUAGUGAAGUCUUAGCAAUAAAAUUUGCUGAGCAAG